UGAAUUAUGAUUGGACAAAUUACCCUUCACAUAAGCCGUCUUCUAUUUUAGCAGGUACGGUUGAGUUAUUUUGCUGCCCCUAUUCUUUGCCUUUCUGCCCAACCUCUCUAUCCAGCUUGGGGAGCGAAUUUGGACCUCAGCAGCUUGUGAGGAAGAACACCGUCGGUCCUCGACUGCCACACACACCCGGAUUUCUGAUUCCUCCAUCCUCACAAAUAAACUAUGUCUACGGAUGUAGCGACUCUUAUUCAGACGGCCAAGCUGGCUGAGCAGGCUGAGCGCUAUGAAGACAUGGCCAAAUUUAUGAAGGAGGUUACAGAGAAUUCAGAGGAGCUGACGGACGAGCAGAGGAACCUGCUGUCCGUCGCCUACAAAAACGUGGUCGGGGCGAAGCGAUCUGCCUGGAGGGUGUUGUCCAGCAUCGAAAGCAAGACCGAACCUGGCGACAAGAAGCUGCCCAUGGUCAAAGAAUAUCGGGAAAAGGUGGAGGGGGAGCUGCGCGUUGUCUGCGAGGAAGUUUUGUUACUCCUGAAAGAAUAUUUAAUUAAAAAUGCCAAGCAAGCAGAGAGCAAAGUCUUCUAUCAAAAGAUGAAGGGGGACUACCAUAGAUACCUUGCUGAAGUCGCUUCAGACAAACAAGCACCCAUGAAAGAGUCACAGGAUGCAUAUGAGUCUGCGCUUGAAAUCAGCCAGGACAUGCCACCGACACAUCCCAUUCGCUUGGGCCUGGCACUUAACUUUUCCGUCUUCUACUAUGAGAUCCUCAACAACCCAGAUAAAGCCUGUCAUUUGGCCAAAAAGGCGUUCGACGAGGCCAUUGCAGAGCUCGACCAGCUAAGUGAGGAUUCCUACAAAGACAGCACUCUUAUCAUGCAGCUCCUCAGAGACAAUCUGACAUUAUGGACAUCUGACAGUGCUGCUGAGGAGGGCGAUGGUGGAGAAGGAGGAGAGGCUGGAGAGAACGAGAACUAAAACACACAAUCCCUCACUGGGGGUUAUUUCCAAAAACAACAAAAGGGAAAAAAAACUUUUUACACAUCCUUCAUUCCUUAAUGCUCCACUCAAACAUUCUACCUAUGAAAGCCACUGCUGAAAUUGUAGUGUAAGGAAAAUAAUUAAAAAAACAUUCUUCUGCAAUUCAGAUUUGGUCAAGACUAGUAAAAAGAGAAACCAUCCAUUUCUUUGGUUUGUGUUUGUCCCGGCCUUCCAUUUGUACAGUUUCAGCUGUAACAAAAAAAUGAUUGAUAGCUUGACAUGAAAUCAGACCCCUUGCUCAAUUUAGAGUUAGUGCAACUGGAAGUUCUGAGAAAUUCAGGAUUGUUUUCCAAGAAGAAUUGUUACAAAAUAAAUAAGUUUCUCUCAUAUCUUUUUGUAGUGUGUCUGUCUCUAUACAGUUGCGUGGUACAGUUAGAGCGGCUGAAGUUAAACUUCAAACCAAUCUAGUUCUCAUACUGCAGGGAUGCCUGUGCACUUUACAUGCUGGCAACAAUUGCUGUAACACAGCCAAAUAGUGUCCAAUGGUUAAUUCCUCACUUUCUGCCCUGGUUAUUGUGCCACUUUGAAGCGUGUCUUUUGCUGCAAAUGGCGAGUCUGACCAAAUGCAGGGACCUUUUUAAUGGGAAAACGGCAAUUGUGUCAUGCAUGUCUCUUGAGAUAUUACACUGGAAGGGGAACAAUUGCCGUAACACACAAGUCCAAGUGUCAAAUUUAGUAAUUUUCAAUGCAGGUUUGUACACGUCUUACAUAAGGGUAAUUUGUUAGUCUGUCCAGUGAUUGUCAUUAGAGAUUUGGACCACUAUUGUUUUGCUAUUCAUUCAACUGUAGUAUCUAAAAGCCUUGUGGAACUGUUUGAAUCCCUAUGUAUCACCUAUGUUAACAUGAAUAAACAUUUUAUAAAUCAA